AUGAACAAACCUAUUCGUUAUCACUCCGAUAGUCAAUAGAAUCGCCUUUAUUAUAAUUAUCCAAUAUAGCAAUACUCUCAACCAAUUAAUUUAAAUAGGAAUAGAUUUUAAUAAGAAGAUUAAAUUGAUUACAUUUAAAAUGACUUUUAAAAUUAUGAUAGAAAAAUAAAUUAAGAUCAUUAAUAAGUUGAAUAAAACAGAACAAAUCUUGAAAAUAAUAGUAAAGAUUAAGAAAUUAGUAGAAAUUUUGCAAAUAAUAAUGAUAAUAAUGAUAAUGAUAGUUAUAGUUUAAAUUCUGAAGAAAUUGAAUAAUUUGAACAAAAUAAAAAAUUCUGUAUGGCAACUGAUUUAUGCACUGUUAUAGAAUUAGUUUUAGCUAUCAUAUUAUUAAAUAUGUUUUAUUACAUUAAAGGUCUUUAAAAAUAUCUGAUUAAUGAAGUGACCUUUCAACCGAAUGAGACAAGCAAACUUAUAGUUACUGUUGCUAGUGCCUUUUAUAUUUUUUGUUAUUACUUCACAAUUGACGGAAAUGUAUAUAGUUAAUAUUAAUAUAGAAUUAAUCACAAGGCUGCAAGAUCACAGCAAUAGUAGUUUUAACUUUUAUAUUUUAAUAUUUAAUGCUUUUAUAUUGCAUAUUUUUAUUUAAAACACUUAAUCAAGGAUGUAAAAUAUAUUUUAUAAUUAAAUAAUUAGUCAUUUAAAUUUAAAUCUUUUUAUGUUAUAUCAUUUUGAUCCUAUUAGUAUUUAUUGCAAGGCCAAGAUACAAUAUUAAUAUAAGAAGUAUUAUUUUAUAAAUUAUUAGAAUCCCUUUCAAUUAUUAUUGUCUCAACCUUAUCAUUAGAACUUUUUAUGUCAAUUAUUUUUUAAGAUAAAUAUUUUUGGUGGGUUUUUGGGGUUCCUGUGA